AUGCACCUUUUUCGAAUAAAUAUCUCUCUCUCUCUCUAUCUAUCUAUCUAUCUCAAUCAGUUCAAAUCUAUCUAUCUCAAUCAAUUCAAAUCUAUCUAUCUAUCUAUCUAUCUAUCUAUCUCAAUCACUUCAAAUCUAUCUAUCUAUCUAUCUAUCUAUCUAUUAAUUUUAUUCUUUUUUAUUUCGAUAAUUUUUCGUUCUUUCGAUAACUUUUACUUUCUCUCUUUCAAUGAUUUUAUUCUUUUUCUUUCGAUAAUUUUAUUCUUUCUUUCGAUAUUUUUUUGUUUCUUUGAAUAUUUUUUCUUUAUCUCUUUCGAUAAUUAUAAUUUGUUCUUUCUUUUGAUAUUUUUUCGCUUAUUUUAUUCUUUCUUUCUUCCGAUAAUUGUUUCAUUUAUUCUUUCUUUCGAUAUUUUUUCCUUACAUUUCUUAAUUUUUUUUCUUUACUUUCUUUCAUUCAUUCUCUUAACAUUUUGCCUUGCAUUUUUCGUAUUUUUAUUCUUCUUUCUUUAUUUUUCUUCCAUACUUUCUUUUGACAUUUUGCCUUAUAUUUCUCAAAUUCCUGUUCUUCAUUCUUUCUUUGUCUCUUGA